AUGGCGAGCUUGACGCAUACCGUAAAUGAUGUGUAUACUUACCUGACAGAAGAUUUGGCCUCACCUGUAACAAAAAAUUGGUUCCUGGUAGGAAAACUGCAAAACCUACUUCUAAUUUUAGCGGGCUAUUUAUACUUUUGCACUACGUUGGGUCCUCGUUAUAUGAAGGAUAGAAAACCUUACAAUUUAAAAUUUAUCAUCAACAUAUUCAACAUUUUCCAAAUUCUUAUUAAUUUAUACUUAUUCUACGAGGGAACUUUAUAUAUUUUUUUCACGGACUUUAAUUUUUACUGUCAAGGCGUGGAUGAUCCAAACUCACCGCGUGCAAAAGAGACGGCUUCCCUGGUUUGGCUGUAUUUAAUGGUGAAAGUUGUAGAUCUCCUGGACACAGUAUUCUUCGUGCUUCGAAAGUCGAAUAGACAGAUCACUCAGCUACAUCUUCACCACCACACAUUGAUGCCGCUCGUUACGUGGCUCGUAGCAACCUACGCACCAGGUGGUCAUGCUGCAAUAGUUGGACACUUCAACUCCUUUGUUCAUGCAGUUAUGUACACAUACUAUCUUUUAGCCGGUCUAGGAGAUAGGUACAAGAAGUAUCUGUGGUGGAAGAAAUAUUUAACUAUGUUACAAUUGAUCCAGUUCGUAAUAGUCGGUGCGCACUCUGUUCGCAGUUUAUUUUACCCUUGUUCGUAUCCUAUCUUUUUUAAAAUUCUUACGAGCAUAUACGCUGUUAUAUUUAUAAACAUGUUUGGUCAAUUUUAUUAUAAUAGUUAUAUUAAGGCUACAAAUACCAAAAGUAAUAAACCACCGAAAGAAAAUACGAAGAAGAAUGUAAACGGUUAAACUAAAGCUAAGUUUGACCGUUCACAGAUUGUGUCGAAUAUCUCUUAAUAUGAUUAAAUAAAUAAAUAAUUAUAUUA